AUGGUACUCCUCUUCAAGGGUCCCCUCCUCCGUGCCACCCCCCUCUCUUCACCCCCGAUGGACAUCAUCAUCCAGCAAAGCUACAACUACUACAGCAACGAGAGUGACGCGCUCGAUGACAACAACGGCAGUGGCAAUGGCACCAACACGACCGGGGACGCGUGGCCCCCGCGCCAGGAGUACAACUACUACGCCAUGCUGCUCACGCUCCUCAUCUUCGUCAUCGUCUUCGGCAACGUGCUGGUGUGCAUGGCCGUGUCGCGGGAGAAGGCGCUGCAGACCACCACCAACUACCUGAUCGUCAGCCUGGCGGUGGCGGACCUGCUGGUGGCCACGCUGGUCAUGCCCUGGGUGGUGUACUUGGAGGUGGUGGGUGAGUGGCGCUUCAGUAAGAUCCACUGUGACAUCUUUGUCACCCUGGAUGUCAUGAUGUGCACCGCCAGCAUCCUCAACCUGUGUGCCAUCAGCAUCGACAGGUACACGGCGGUGGCGAUGCCGAUGCUGUACAACACGCGCUACAGCUCCAGGAGGAGGGUGACCAUCAUGAUCUCCAUCGUCUGGGUGCUCUCCUUCGCCAUCUCCUGCCCACUGCUCUUCGGACUCAACAGCACAGCGACGUCAGAGGAAGAGGGCCAGUGUGUGAUAGCGAACCCGGCGUUUGUGGUCUACUCCUCCAUCGUCUCCUUCUAUGUUCCCUUCAUCAUCACGCUGCUGGUCUACGUGCAGAUCUACGUGGUGCUGCGCAAGCGCCGGAAACGCGUCAACACCAAGCGCACCCACCAGCCGCCGCCCACCGACGCCGGGACCGCGCUGAAGAAGUGCACUCACCCAGAAGACGUGAAGCUCUGCACUGUCAUCGUCAGAUCCACUGGGAGCUUUCCUGUCAACAAGAAGAAUGUGAUCCUGAUCAAGGAGGAGGAGUGUCCGAGGGAGAGCCAGGUGGAGAUGGAGGAGCUACCUCCCGGAGGAGGAGGAGGAGGGGAGAACCAGGAUGCCAGCGCCUCCUCUUCGUCCCCUGCAGGAGAGGGCUCCACCAAGGUCCAGAGGAACGGGAGCACGAUGGAGGCCCUUGCUCGUGUGCCCCGGGUGACGCGGGCCUUCGAGACGCAGGCGCUGCCCAAUGGGAAGACCCAGACGUCCCUCCGGGGCUCCAGCAAGAGAAAGAUCUCCCAGCAGAAGGAGAAGAAGGCAACGCAGAUGCUGGCCAUCGUCCUAGGUGUGUUCAUCGUGUGCUGGCUGCCGUUCUUCAUCACUCACAUCCUGAAUAUCCACGGUGCCGUGCCGCUGGAGCUCUACACCGCCUGCACCUGGCUCGGCUACGUCAACAGCGCCGUCAACCCCAUCAUAUACACCACCUUCAACGUGGAGUUCAGGAAGGCCUUCAUCAAGAUCCUGCACUGCUGA